AUGGAACCAGGCAAUAAUACACAAAUUUCAGGAUUUCUUCUUCUGGGAUUUUCAGAGAAACCACAAUGGCAGCUCGUCAUAUUUGGGCUUUUCCUCACUAUGUACCUGAUUACUGUGUGUGGAAAUCUGCUCAUCAUCUUGACUGUCAGUUCGGACUCCCUCCUUCACACACCCAUGUACUUCUUCCUCUGCAACCUGUCCUUCGUAGAUAUCUGUUUUACCUCCACCACCAUCCCAAAGAUGCUGUGGAACAUCCAGACACAAAGCAAAGUCAUAACCUAUGAGGGCUGCAUCACACAGAUUUAUUUUCUCAUACACUUUGGAGUGUUGGACAUCUUUCUCCUAACAGUGAUGGCCUAUGACCGGUUUGUGGCCAUCUGCCACCCCCUGCACUACACAGUCAUCAUGAACCACCGGCUCUGUGGACUGAUGAUUCUGGGAUCCUGGAUUGUGUGUAUCCUGAAUUCCUUAUUACAAAGCUUAACGGCAUUGAGGCUUUCCUUCUGUACCAAUUUGGAAAUCCCCCACUUUUUUUGUGAACUUAAUCAGAUGGUCCAACUUGCCUGUUCUGACACCUUUCUUAACAAUGUGGUGAUGUAUUUUGCAGCCGUCCUGCUGGGUGGGGGUCCUUUUGCUGGUAUCCUUUACUCUUACUCCAAGAUAGUUUCCUGCAUACGUGGAAUCUCAUCAGCUCAGGGGAAGUACAAAGCAUUUUCCACCUGUGUGUCUCACCUCUCUGCUGUCUCCUUAUUUUAUUGUACAGUCUUAGGAGUGUACCUCAGCUCUGCUGCCACCCACAGCUCACACUCAAGUGCAAUAGCCUCAGCGAUGUACACUCUGGUCACACCCAUGCUGAACCCCUUCCUCUACAGCCUGAGGAACAAAGACAUAAAGAAGGCUCUGAAAUCAUUCUUUGUGAAGGAAACUACAAUAUUGUCCAAGCACUGAAGAAGUGCCCAUGUUUGCAGAGAUCAAA